UGUCCCGUCCUGUGUCCUGUCCUGUGUUGUAAUGUGUUAUGUCCUGUCCUGUGUCCUCUCCUCUCAGAGUGGUCUGACUCCUCUUCACCUGGCAGCUCAGGACGACAAGGUCAACGUAGCUGAGGUGCUGGUUAACCAGGGGGCCACUGUUGACCCAGAGACUAAGAUGGGAUACACUCCGCUGCAUGUGGCGUGUCACUAUGGAAACGUGAAGAUGGUCAACUUCCUGCUAAAGAACCAGGCCAAGAUCAACGCCAAAACCAAGAACGGAUACACCCCCCUCCAUCAGGCGGCCCAGCAAGGCCACACCCACAUCAUCAACCUACUGCUGCAGCACGGAGCCUCUCCCAACCAACUCACCUUGAAUGGUAACACAGCCCUGUCCAUAGCCAGGAGGCUGGGGUACAUCUCUGUAGUGGAUACUCUGAAGGUCGUCACUGAGGAAACACAGACCACUCUGACGGUGACCGAGAAACAUAAGAUGAACGUUCCAGAAACCAUGAAUGAGGUUCUGGACAUGUCAGAUGAUGAGGAGAUGGAAUUUCAGUGUGUCUAUGAGAGCUACUGUCGUGAGGAUGCGAUGACAGGCGACACGGAUAAGUACCUGGGACCCCAGGACCUGAAAGAGCUGGGAGACGACUCUCUGCCCCAGGAGGGUUACAUGGGCUUUAGCAUUGGAGCACGCAGCGCCAGCCCUAAGGUCUGCAGUCUGCGGUCCUUCAGUUCGGAUAGGUCCAACACCCUGAACAGGACCUCUUACACCAGAGACAGCAUGAUGAUCGAAGAGAUACUGGCUCCUACCAAGGAUAUGAACCUGGCGUUGGCCAGCAGAGACUGUGACUCUGACUCUCAGAGACACUACAGCUGGACUGCUGAAACCUUGGACAAUAUCAACAUGGUCUCCAGCCCCAUACACUCUGGCUUUUCCUCUCCUCUACCUCAGUAUGACUCCAGAUUCCUGGUCAGUUUCAUGGUGGAUGCACGCGGCGGCUCCAUGCGGGGGAGUCGUCAUAACGGAAUGCGCAUCAUCAUCCCGCCCAGGAAGUGCACGGCUCCGACACGCAUCACCUGCCGCCUGGCGAAGAGGCACAAGCUGGCCACGCCCCCACCGAUGGUGGAUGGAGAGGGAUUGGCCAGCAGGCUGGUGGAGGUGGGGCCUGCUGGAGCUCAGUUCCUGGGCCCUGUGAUCGUGGAGAUCCCCCAUUUUGGUUCUAUGAGGGGGAAGGAGAGGGAGCUGAUCAUGCUGAGGAGUGAGAAUGGAGAGACCUGGAAGGAACAUCAGUACGACUGCAAGACAGAUGACCUCAAUGAGCUGCUCAACGGCAUGGAUGAAGAGCUGGACAGCGCCAAGGACCUGGAGAAGAAGCGUAUAUGUCGCAUCAUCACCAAGGAUUUCCCACAGUACUUUGCGGUGGUGUCUCGUAUCAGACAGGAGAGCAGCCAGAUGGGCCCUGAGGGAGGAGUCCUCUCCAGCCUGACACUUCCAUUGGUCCAGGCCUCCUUCCCAGAGGGGGCGCUCACCAAGAAGAUACGCGUGGGACUGCAGGCCCAGCCGGCUCCUGAUGACAUGGUGAAGAAGAUCCUUGGUAACCGGGCAACAUUCAGCCCCAUAGUGACGGUGGAACCUCGACGCAGGAAGUUCCACAAACCCAUCACCAUGACGAUCCCGGUCCCGCCCUUGUCAGGGGAGGGGGUUAGCAAUGGCUACAAGGGAGAUUCCACCCCCUGCCUGAGGUUGCUAUGCAGCAUCACCGGCGGAACCUCUCCUGCCCAAUGGGAGGACAUCACUGGGACCACGCCCCUAACCUUCGUCAACGACUGUGUCUCCUUCACUACCAAUGUCUCUGCCAGGUUCUGGCUUGCUGACUGCCACCAGAUCCCAGAGACUGUAGGCCUUGCCACCCAGCUGUACAGAGAGCUCAUCUGUGUUCCUUACAUGGCCAAGUUCGUGGUGUUCGCCAAGAUGAACGACCCUAUGGAGUCUCGCUUGCGCUGCUUCUGUAUGACAGACGACAAGGUGGACAAAACCCUGGAACAGCAGGAGAACUUUGAGGAGGUGGCCAGGAGCAAAGACAUCGAGGUUCUGGAGGGGAGGCCCAUCUAUGUGGACUGCUAUGGUAACUUAGCUCCUCUGACCAAGGCUGGACAGCUACUGGUGCUCAACUUCUACGCAUUCAAAGAGAACCGGCUUCCUUUCUGUGUGAAGGUCAGAGACAACAGCCAGGAGCCGUGUGGCCGUCUGACAUUCCUGAAGGAGACCACUAAGAGCGCUAAGGGUCUCCCCCAGACGGCCGUGUGUAACCUGAACAUCACCCUACCUGCGCUGAAGAAGGAAAUGGAGUCAGACCCAGAUGAAGAGACUGAAAAGCCAGAACGACGUCAUACCUUUACAUCUCUAGCUUUACGUAAGCGUUACAGCUAUCUCGCCGAGCCCGCCACGAAAACAGUUGAGCGAAGCACAGCAAGAACACUGCCUGCUGGUUACACUCACAAACCUGUCUUUUCAACAAGAUCUUACCAGGCAUGGUCGACUGCGCCUCUUCCCCACACUGUCCAAGCAAGGAGUGGACUGGGCUCCCUCUCCGGCUCAUCGUCCAACACACCAUCUGCAUCGCCACUGAAGUCUGCCUGGUUGCUCUCCUCCGCCUCUCCAAUCAAAUCCACCCUCGGAGCCCCACCGCCACAUUCAGUCAAGUCCUCUGGCGACAUAGCUUCUUUACCUGUCAGAUCCUAUAGAACUAUGGCUUCCCCUAUUAAGACUGUUGUACAGCAGGCCCAGUACCCGGUCCAGGUCUCUGCCAGUCUGGUGUCCUCUUCCUCUAAACCUGGAGCAGAUCCUGUCUUCAUUAAAGGACUAUCCACCCCAUUUUCUUCCAGGACCACCCCAGCCUCUAACACAGGGUCUGUUCCAGAUAGAUCAACCAUGACUCAACCCGAAUCUCCCAAAUGCACAGCCAACAUGUACACCUUACCCUUCAAAUCAGUCAGGUCGUCUUCAUCCUCCUCCCCUGUCAGAACCAUCGCUGGUCUGUCCUCCUCAUCCUCCUCCCCUGUCAGAACCAUCGCUGGUCUGUCCUCCUCAUCCUCCUCCCCUGUCAGAACCAUUCCUGGCCUGUCCACUACUUCAGCUACAUCUAAGGGGAAGCCCCUCCCCUCGCUGUCAUCACCAGCCCACUCCUCAGAACCCUCUGCUAUGGUGAAUGGAUUAGUUUCUCCCAUGAAGUACGCCUCUUCUUCUCAGUCCUCCUCCCCCUGCUCCUGUUUGCUAUCUGAUAGGUCUAGCAGUCUGCAGGAGAGGAUACAGACCACCACUCACACCGCCACUUCCAGUGUCAGUGCAGCUAUAAAUGAGGCUGAAAGGACAUUUAACUCUUCAGGGUACGGAACACUCAAAUCAGUGUCCUCACGGAGAUCUAACACCUCAACUUCUGUCUACGGCUCUAUGAGGUCUCAAACCUCUUCCACCACCUCAGCAACAUCCAAUACAAUGACUGUACCUGUCUACUCUUCUCUCAAUGCUGCGACCGAGUCCCCAAUGAAAAAAGGGCCUGGGUCGCUGAAGAUGUCGCCUGCAGACUCUCGCAGGUCAAAGACUGCAGUGAAGUCCCCUCCUUACAUCACCCCCCCAGGGCCCACUCUAACCCCACCCUCCUCCCUAUCCUCCAAUCAGGACAUCCUGAAAGACGUGGCCGAUAUGAAGGAGGACCUGAUCAGAAUGACGGCCAUCUUGCAGACUGUCCCCAGAACAGCCAGGAAUGUUCAGUCUCAGACCCCUAAAGAGCCUAAGAUGGAGGAUGAGGAGCCCUUCACCAUAGUAGAGAAAGUGAAGGAGGAUCUAGUUAAAGUCAGUGAGAUACUGACCAAGGAUGUGGUGAGUGAUAGUCAAGCCUGUAGAGGGAAGCCUGUAGAGGAGGAGUGGGAGGAGUUCUCUAAAGAUGAGUUAGAGGAAGCCCAGCAAAGUGUUAAGGAAUUCUUUCACCCUCCGUUUGACGCUAACACCCUCUCCUUUAGGCCCCAGUCUAUGCCCAGUAAAGAGUUGAAUUUAGCCAAGGUUGUUGACUACCUGGCCAAUGACAUAGGUGCUAGUUCUCUUUCUAAGAUGGCCGAGAUGAAGAGCAGAUAUGAGGAGGCAAAAAGAGAAGGGGAGGACAAACAGAAACUAAAAAAACUCAAGAUGCCUCCCCCAGGCAUGCGUACCUCUGCCUCUGAGAAAGACUUAUGUAAACUAGCAGAGUCAUAUUAUGGACCUGACACCAUAUUGGAGUCACCAGAGGACUUAUCUCAUGAGCAGGAUAAGAGUCCUCUGUCAGACAGCGGCUUUGAAACCAGGAGUGAAAAGACUCCUUCAGCCCCCCAAAGUGCAGAGAGCACCGGGCCCAAACCCCCCUUCACUGACCCCAUCCCCCCCUGCAUCACCGAGACUAGGACCGAGGUGGUCCAUAUCAGGAGCUACGAGCACCCAGACGAACCCUGUGAGGUGCAGAUGGAGGAGGCAGCCUCAGCAUUGCCGGCCUGCAUUGAACCAGAGGCCUCCGCCGCCUCCAUCAAAGACAAAGUCAAAUCAUUCCAGAUCAAAGUGUGUGACGACUCUGACUCUGUCGUUAGCAAGAGCAUGAGGCUCAAAGAGGAGACCCACAUCACCACCACGACGCGCAUGGUUUACCACAAGCCGCAGCUGAAAGACGGCUCGGAGAGGAUCGAGGAGACCAUGUCAGUCAGAGACAUCAUGAAAGCAUUCCAGUCCGGAAGGGACCCCUCCAAAGAACUUGCUGGACUGUUUGAGCACAAGGCUGGCCAGGACUCUGUCAAAGGGGAUGAACUCACCCCCAGGUUCAUUGAUAAUGACACUAAAGCCAAAAGAAUAAUGGAGGUUCACAUAGAAAAAGAAGGAAACACAUUCCAACCAACUGAGGUGAUUAUCAGGGAGACCAAGAAGAUUCCAGACUCUUAUUUCUAUAAAGGAGACCACAGAAUCCAAGAAAUGCCUGAUUACGACGAGGCGCCGCAGGAAGGGGCGGAGCUUACUGCCAAUGACAGCCGGCCCAGCUCCGUUCAGCUCAUGGCCGAUGACUCCUACAAAGCUCUCAAACUGCUCAGCCAGCACUCUGUAGAGUAUCACGAUGACGAGCUCUCUGAACUCAGGGGAGAGUCUUACAGGUUCGCUGAGAAGAUGCUACGUUCUGAGAAACUAGACAUAUCCCACUCUGAUACAGAAGAUUCUAUGGCGGACCAAACACACCAAAUUACCUCAGAGUCGCAUGGGGAAGAGAGUGAUUACGGUGAGAAAGAGGCCGUGCCCAGGAAAGAGUUCACUUUCAAGUCAUCAAAGGAUACAUCCUCUAAGUCAGGUAAAUGUUCUCAUAAGGAUGACAAGUUUGACAAAGUGACAGUGUUGCAUUACACCACAGAGCCAGGCAGCCCAAAACAUGCAGUGUGGAUGCGUUUCACUGAGGACAAGCUGGACAGGAACAGAGAGAAGCUCAUCUACGAGGACCGCGUGGAUCAAACUGUCAAGGAAGCUGAGGAGAAACUAAGCGAGGUCUCUCAGUUUUUCCGUGACAAAACUGAGAAACUGAACGACGAACUGCAAUCCCCGGAGAAAAAGCCUCCAAAGAGAGACCCCAGGGAGACCAGGUCUGGGCCCAGCUCCACCUGUAAUAGCCCAGAGAAAACCCAGCAGAAAGCCAGGGCAGAGGGAGAGGAGUGGGGCAAGGGAAGGGGGAACAAACUGUUCAGUAGUACGACUGAGAGGAGGACCUCUAGUCUACCCAACAGUCCAGAGAGAGCUGUUCUCUCCCGCUUCAGUGAGGAUACAUCCAAACAGCAGACAAAGGCAGAGGAACGGUCUGAGCCAAACCAGGUUAAAGCCUCCUUCUCUAGGGUGAGCUCUGUUAGGAUGAAGUUCGAAUCAGAGGCUCAGAACCAAGAUAAGAGUAGUCCUGAGCUAGUACAGUCCACACCCCCAGUCAGCAGGCUACAGGAGAACAAGCUGCCAAUGAAUCAACUGUUCACUGGAGGAAAGACAACUAAAGGGUCUGAGGCCACAGAGGAAGGAAGUCCUUUUAAAAAGACCCCAGAGAAACUGAAAGGACCUGCCUCCAAUAGCAGUAAGUCAGUUGUCUCACCAGCUGCCCCAAAACAGUCAGGAGACAAACUGCCUAAUAAGAACCUACCAUACACCACAGCCCAAAAACACCUAACAGGUCAGACUGAUAAAGAAUCAGAGAAAACAAGCCCAUUGAGCCAGGAGAGUCAGGUCAUUGGUAUCAGUAAGGGUGUAAAGGGGCCACCAUCACAUAGUCCUACACAUGACACACCCAAGGAGAACAGUGGGGAAGUUGAAAAAGAACACGUUUCUAUGAGGGAUUCUCCUUCCAAACAUGUUGCAUCAAGUCCCACAACCAAUAGGGUUGCUCAUUCUGAACCUGUGUCUAAAGACCAUGGGGUUGCACAAAACAAGAAUCUUAGAAAAAAGACAGAGUCCCAGAUCCCAGUCAGGUCUGUGUCUUGUCACUCAGACAGCGAUCAGUCAGAGAAACCAAAACAAGACACAAUAACUAAGCCAUUUGAAAAGAUAUCCCAAAUCCCCAUACUAAAUAAGAACAGAAUGCAGGUCAGCCCAGUAACAAGCCCUACAAAGGCAGAAGAACGAACAGACACAUCUCUUGAAAUAUUAGAUAAUGCACCAAAAGAUUCUAACUUGAACAAUGUGCGUGACACUUGCACAAGAGAAAUACAAGAGAGAUUAGCACCAGAGACAACCACCACCAGAGAAAACUUCAAAGGCAUCAAAACAUUACCUGUCUAUGUGAGUGUCCAGGUGGGUAGGCAGGGAGAGAGAGAGGGCAGAGGAGGAGUACUGUACAAACAGAAACAGCCCUCGUCGCCUCAGGCCAGUCCUGAUGAUGACACGCUGGAGCAGGUAUCUUUCAUAGACAGCUCAGGGAAAAGUCCCCUCACCCCAGAGACCCCUAGCUCAGAGGAGAUCAGCUAUGACCUCACCUCCAGAACACCAGACUCCAUCCUGGGCUUCACUCCCUUCCAGCCUAGCCCUAUCCCAGAGGUCUCUGAGGACUCCUCAGAGGAGGAGCAGGGCCAGGUAUUUUCCUUCAAGGACUUCAGACCAGAGACACCUAAUGUCACAGCAGCUGACCUUAAGAAUGGAAACCACCAGGCUGGACAGACACCUAAAGACAAAGGAGUAGCAUACAUCCAGUUCCCCCCUCCGCCUCCCCUGGACUCUGAGCAGUCCAGCCCUGAGAAGAAGAAGAAGGGAUCAUCUGGUUCCUCUGAGGCAGAAAUGGAGAUGAUGGAGGUCAACCUCCAGGAAGAGCAUGAUAAACACCUCCUCACGGAGCCCAUCAUCAGAGUCCAGCCCCCCCCAGUCCCCCCCGGGACUGACGACAGUGACUCUAGUGACGAUGAGUCUGUCUUCCAGCCCAUCUCCUUUAAGAAAUACACCUUUAAGAUCUCAGAGGGGCAGGAGCAGGAGCUCAAGAAUGGGUCCAAAUCCACAAAACAGGAUAGAAACGGCAAAGAGCCAGGAACUAAUAGAACUAAUGGAACAUAUGAAGCUGGUAAAACAGAGGAGUACGACUCUGAACAGAAUGGAAAUGACCAGUCCAUAACAGACUGUUCUAUCGCCACGACGGCAGAGUUCUCUCAUGACACUGACGCUACUGAAAUCGACUCCCUGGAUGGGUAUGACAUGCAGGAUGAGGAUGAUGGUCUGUGUGAGAUGGACACUAAACCCUUCAGCCUGCCGGACAGCAGGAAGGACGUGUGGACCUCAGACAGCAUGCUUCGGUCCUGCGACCGCUCCUUCAGUCAGACCAAACUAGAGGCCAUUGAAGAGGAAAAAACACCGGAGGAGGAAUGCAGAAAGGCUCAAGCUAAAAGUGAUCCAGUUGACAUAAAAACAGAUGAGGCCAGCUCUCAGGGCCAGAAGGACAACGAUGGGUUUUCUGAUACGUACUUUAGUUACAAGCUAGAGGAGGCGUUUGACUCUCCGUUUAAAACUGUUGCUACUAAAGGUCUGGACUUUGACCCCUGGUCCAGUAUAGGAGGAGACAAUGAAGUGGUUGACGCCAGGAUAAAAGACGACGAGCCGAAGCCGUUUGGACUGGCAGCAGACGACAGAUCACAGGCCACGACCCCAGACACGACCCCUGCCAGAACCCCGACUGAUGAUAGCACCACGCCAACUAGCGAGCCAAACCCUUUCCCCUUCCAUGAAGGGAAGAUGUUUGAGAUGACUCGCAGUGGUGCGAUUGACAUGAGCAAGCGGGAUAUUGUUGAAGAAAGACUGCAGUUUUUUCAGAUUGGCCCUCAGAGCCCCUGUGAGAGGACUGACCUGCGGAUGGCCAUAGUGGCAGAUCACCUGGGUCUGAGCUGGACUGAGCUUGCCAGGGAAAUGGAUUUCUCCGUAGAUGAGAUCAAUCACAUCCGUGUGGAUAACCCCAACUCUCUGACCACUCAGAGUUUCAUGCUUUUAAAGAAAUGGGUUAGCAGAGAUGGUAAAAAUGCCACAACGGAUUCCCUUACAGAGGUCCUGACUAAGAUCAAUCGGAUGGAUAUUGUGACAUUGCUGGAAGGGCCAAUAUUUGACUAUGGUAACAUUUCAGGCACAAGAUGUUUUGCUGAUGAUAACGCAGUUUUCCUGGAUCAGUGUGAUGGUUCCAGCAGCAUCCAGCUGGAGCUUCAGACCCCCACAGGUUUGAUCUGUCAGCCCCCACCCCGCUAAGCAGCGACCACUUCUUUGACGAGGACGCUGGCCUAGACUCCCCCUCUAGAACGCCCACUAGACCAUGUGACUUGUCACUCACCCAGACCACCAGCACCCCAGGCCCCGCCUCCCAUGCUCAAUCACCCACAAUGGUGGUAGAGGAAGACA